AUGCAUGGGGAUUUCGGGACUGGCAUAAUUGGCCGGGCUGGGCCAUCGAAGCCGCGAGCGAGCUUGGAUGACAUGGCUUUGCCAGACAAGCCGGAGUUAUUCAUCGCGGAUAUCGAGAUCGUGUGGGAUGACGGCCAAGACUGGCAGCAGCGCCAGGAAGCGAAGUCAGUGAAGUCUUUGACUCGGAGACAGAACAGCAGACGACACGUGGAACGGGAAAAGCAGCAGGAACUGCUGAAAGAGUUUCUGAAAGAGUUCCACUUCUCGAACGUGUCCGAGCCCAACGUGACGUGCAGCAAGUGCAGCUGCUUGUCCUUACUAACUCCCGAGGUUGUCUAUCCCAUUCAUGAGGCUGCCAGAUUGGGGGAUGCGUCUCUGAUGCGUUUGCUUCUUUUGGCGAAUGUGGACCCGGAGCAACGGACCUCCAAAGGUCGAAGUGCUGCUGACAUCGCCAGGGCUGAAGACAAGUCCGGUUCCCACACGGAGGUCCUGGACAUGUUGUUGAAUGGCCUCAAAGUGCUGCAUCUUCGCGAGGCGAUGACCGUGAUGAUGCAAGCAUCUUGUCGACCGGCGUCGAGGUAG